GGAGCCUCGAGGGAAGGAAAGAGACAACACUAACAGGGCGGCCAGGCUCACGAAUUAUCUCUUCACACUGUCGCGGUAUACAGUUUCGAGGAUCGCCUUAGCAUGCACAGGCAGAAGGCCGACGAAGCCUACAUUAUCGGUAAACGAGGCCAAUAUACUCCGGUCGGGGCCUAUCUGGCGGGGGACGAGAUCAUCAAUAUUGCCUUGCAACAUGGCGUUCAGAUGAUUCAUCCCGGGUACGGGUUCUUGUCAGAGAAUGCCGACUUCGCACGAAACGUGGAAAAGGCCGGCCUCAUCUUUGUCGGCCCAUCACCAGAUGUUAUCGACGCUCUCGGCGACAAGGUUUCCGCUCGAAGGCUAGCUAUUGCCGCUAAGGUCCCAGUGGUACCCGGAACCGAGGGGGCGGUUGAAAGAUUUGAAGAGGUGAAAAAAUUUACCGACGAAUAUGGAUUUCCCAUCAUCAUCAAGGCCGCUUUUGGUGGCGGUGGCCGGGGCAUGAGGGUGGUCCGCGACCAAGCGAACCUAAAGGAAUCGUUCGACAGAGCCACCUCGGAGGCGAAAACUGCCUUCGGAAACGGCACAGUUUUCGUGGAGCGCUUUUUGGACAAGCCGAAGCAUAUCGAGGUCCAGCUCCUCGGCGAUAACCAAGGCAACGUCGUCCACCUGUACGAGCGUGAUUGCUCGGUUCAGCGGCGGCACCAGAAGGUAGUCGAGAUCGCACCCGCCAAGGAUCUUCCCGCAGAGACCCGAGACGCCAUUUUGGCCGACGCUGUCAAGCUGGCCAAGUCCGUAAACUACCGAAACGCGGGUACUGCCGAAUUCUUAGUGGACCAGCAGAACCGCUACUAUUUCAUCGAGAUCAACCCCCGUAUCCAAGUCGAGCACACCAUUACCGAGGAAAUCACCGGUAUUGAUAUCGUAGCCGCUCAGAUUCAAAUUGCCGCGGGCGCUUCCCUUCAGCAGCUCGGCCUGACUCAAGACCGGAUCUCCACGCGAGGUUACGCGAUCCAAUGCCGAAUCACGACCGAGGACCCCGCCAAAAAUUUCCAGCCCGACACCGGCAAAAUUGAGGUGUACCGAUCUGCCGGCGGCAAUGGAGUCCGUCUCGACGGCGGCAAUGGCUUCGCCGGCGCGGUCAUCACGCCUCACUAUGAUUCCAUGUUAGUCAAGUGCACAUGCCACGGCUCAACCUACGAGAUUGCGCGCCGAAAGAUCCUUCGUUCCCUUAUCGAGUUCCGUAUCCGCGGCGUCAAGACCAAUAUUCCCUUCCUCGCGUCCCUGCUCACCCACCCGGUUUUCAUCGAUGGAAACUGCUGGACCACGUUCAUCGACGAUACCCCUCAGCUAUUCGAUCUCAUCGGCAGUCAGAACCGUGCUCAAAAGCUUUUGGCCUAUCUCGGCGACGUAGCCGUCAAUGGAAGUAGUAUCAAGGGCCAGAUUGGCGAGCCCAAGUUCAAGGGCGACAUCAUCCUCCCCCAGCUUCUGGAUGACAACGGCUCCAAGAUUGAUGUCUCCGAGCCGUCUCAGAAGGGAUGGAGACAGAUCAUACUCGAGCAGGGCCCGAAGGCCUUCGCCAAGGCAGUUCGCCAAUACAAGGGCUGUCUGUUGAUGGAUACUACCUGGCGUGAUGCCCACCAAUCGCUGCUGGCCACCCGCGUCCGGACGAUUGAUCUGCUGGGGAUCGCUAAGGAGACGAGCCAUGCUCUACACAAUCUGUACAGUUUGGAAUGCUGGGGAGGUGCCACCUUCGAUGUCGCCAUGCGCUUCCUCUACGAGGACCCAUGGGACCGCCUCCGAAAGAUGCGCAAGGCGGUGCCCAACAUCCCCUUCCAGAUGCUUCUGCGAGGCGCGAAUGGCGUCGCUUACGCUUCUCUCCCCGACAACGCCAUCGACCAUUUCGUUGAGCAAGCCAAGAAGAACGGCGUUGAUAUCUUCCGAGUAUUCGACGCCUUGAACGACAUCAACCAGCUGGAAGUCGGCAUCAAAGCUGUGCAGAAGGCCGGGGGUGUGGCUGAAGGAACUAUCUGCUAUAGCGGAGACAUGCUCAACCCCAAGAAGAAGUACAAUCUCGAAUACUACCUGGACUUGGCCGAUAAGCUAGUCGCGCUGGACAUCGACGUGCUCGGUAUCAAGGACAUGGCCGGCGUCCUGAAGCCUCGUGCUGCCACCAUUCUGAUUGGCGCGAUCCGCAAGAAGUACCCCGACCUUCCGAUCCACGUCCAUACGCACGACUCUGCCGGUACUGGUGUUGCUUCUAUGGUAGCUUGUGCUCAAGCCGGCGCGGACGCUGUCGAUGCCGCCACCGAUAGCUUGUCUGGAAUGACAUCGCAGCCUAGCAUAAAUGCUAUCAUCGCAUCACUCGAGGGUACCGACCUAGAUCCCGGUCUAAACCCCGCCCAUGUUCGCGCCCUCGACAGCUACUGGUCGCAACUUCGCCUCGUCUAUUCACCGUUUGAGGCUCACCUUGUCGGUCCCGACCCCGAAGUCUACGAGCACGAGAUUCCUGGCGGUCAACUGACCAACAUGAUGUUCCAAGCAUCCCAGCUCGGUCUCGGCUCCCAGUGGGCCGAGACCAAGAAAGCUUACGAGCACGCAAAUGAUCUACUGGGAGAUAUCGUCAAGGUUACGCCGACAUCCAAGGUCGUGGGCGACCUGGCGCAGUUCAUGGUCUCCAACAAGCUCUCAUCCAAGGACGUUGUCGAUCGCGCUGGCGAGCUCGAUUUCCCCGGCUCCGUCCUUGAGUUUCUUGAGGGCAUGAUGGGUCAGCCGUAUGGGGGAUUCCCCGAGCCUCUACGCUCCAGGGCUCUUAGAAACCGUCGCAAGUUCGACAAGCGGCCUGGCCUCUACCUCAACCCUGUCGACAUGAGGAAGACUCGCAGCGACCUCGCCCAGAAGUGGGGUCACGUUUCCGAGACUGAUCUGGCCUCCUAUCUCAUGUAUCCCAAAGUCUUCGAGGACUACAAGAAGUUCGUGCAGAAGUUUGGCGACUUAUCCGUCUUGCCAACCAAAUACUUCCUCUCGGCACCGCAAAUCGGCGAGGAAUUCCAUGUGGAGCUAGAAAAAGGCAAGGUCCUGAUCCUGAAGCUGUUAGCCGUUGGGCCCCUGUCUGAGAACACCGGCCAGCGAGAGGUUUUCUACGAGAUGAACGGCGAAGUGCGACAGGUUACCGUUGACGACAAGAAGGCCAGCGUGGAGAAUGUUAGCCGGCCUAAGGCCGAUCUCGGCGAUUCUAGCCAGGUCGGCGCCCCGAUGGCUGGUGUCUUGGUGGAGUUGAGAGUGCACGAGGGCUCCGACGUUAAGAAGGGAGACCCACUCGCCGUUCUCAGUGCCAUGAAAAUGGAAAUGGUCAUAUCGGCUCCGCACAACGGCAAGGUAUCAAACCUUCAGGUCCGAGAGGGAGAUUCUGUCGACGGGUCAGAUCUAGUGUGCAAGAUUACGAAAUCUUGAAAAGCAGGCUAGGGGGGAUCGUUUUCCUGUAGCUUUGGCGAAUUUCAAUAGUGGAGCAAUGGCAUUGACUGAAGAGGUUUUUUUUUCUUUUCUUACGGGUGGUGAGAGAGGAUCUUCGGUUUAUGACAAGAGAUACUCGGGUCGGAGUGAAUUCU